GUCACAGAGCGGUACACCGCAGCCGAAGCUGGAGCGGCUCCUCUCCUGCAACAACUCACUCAAACAACCAGACAUCCUGCACUCCUGCGGGAUAUACUGUGUCAGGGAUACAUUUUAUAUCGCCAGACUUGCUGUAACGGUCGCUUCAUAACAUUUGAAACAUGUUUACCGUGUCGGAGCUGGUUGUCUUGCUGGCCGUCCUGUCUGCCACCGCGUCCGGCUACUUCGUUAGCAUAGACGCCCAUGCCGAGGAGUGCUUCUACGAGCGGGUCAACUCCGGCACCAAGAUGGGCCUCAUGUUUGAGGUUGCCGAAGGAGGGUUCCUGGACAUCGAUGUUGAGAUAACGGGGCCUGAUGGCAAGCAGAUUUACAAAGGCGACAGAGAGUCCAGUGGAAAGUAUUCAGUGGCAGCACACAUGGACGGGACCUACAAGUUCUGUUUCAGCAACAAGAUGUCAACCAUGACACCCAAGAUCGUUAUGUUCACCAUUGAUAUUGGCGAGGCACCUAAAGGCCAAGACAUGGAGACGGAAGCCCACCAAAACAAGCUGGAGGAGAUGAUCAAUGAGCUGGCGGUUGCUAUGACAGCCGUAAAGCAUGAGCAGGAGUACAUGGAGGUCCGUGAGAGGAUACACAGAGCAAUCAACGACAACACAAACAGCAGAGUGGUGCUGUGGUCGUUCUUCGAGGCUCUGGUUCUGGUGGCGAUGACACUUGGACAGAUUUAUUACCUGAAGAGAUUUUUCGAAGUACGGCGAGUGGUGUAGUGCGAUUAAGCGAUCCCUCCGUGUCCUCCACUGUUUUUCUUCACCACCAAGACAGUUUAUUUACACUCUGGAAAUGAGACUGGCAGUUUGAGUAAAGCCCACAUGUGAUCGGAUCUCAGAUGUUUUGUUGUCCUUACCUAUUUAGUUCCUUCUUUAUAAAUGUAAUAAUUGUAUGUUUGGAACGAAUGGCCAAAAGCUUCUGGGAUAGUUAUGAGUUUUCAUUAGUUUUUUUUUUUUUAAAACAGACUUUUUUUUGUCAAAUGGUGUUUGAUAAUUACACUUAAGUACCAAUCACUUGCCAGUACAGUUUUGCCUGUUUGAUUGAGUGCAAGGCUCAUGAUUUUAAUUGAAGGCAGUCAGAUGAAAAAAGGAUUAGAAAUGCACAUCAGUGGAUAUGCAUGUGUGGAGUCACCAUGGGUGAAUGUAGCCCUAAUGAAGAUUGAAACGUGAUGCUUUACAAAUGAUAAAAAUGGCAAACAUGAAAACAGAUUCUAUUAGUUCAUUGUCUGAGAGGCAGGGAGCUUUGUUUCCAUUGUCCAAGCCAAGUCAGACCCUGUGCUGUACAUCGUGUUAAUGCUCUCAAACAACAACUUGCACUCCUGAUGAAUACGUCUAAAUAAUCUGAAGGAUUUACAUAGCAGCUGGUCUUUAAGGGAAGCUGUACAGCCUCUAGCUCUGUUGAUUCAUAGCGAUCCAUGCCACAGGGGGCUUCAGUGGUCAUCUUCUGCAGGGAAUCUGCUUGACUCACUAUGUGGUUAAAAAAAAAAUGGCGGAGAGUUUACGUGUUGACUCAAUUUUUAAACACUUAAACUUUAAAACUUUGACUUUGAGAAGAGCUGAGAUAGGUUUAAUUUGAACUGAACUACUUGGGGUGUAACUCCAAAAUGUAGGGGGAUACUGAAAUACAUGUUACAUGUCAACUGAGGCUGGCUGGGUGGGGGUUCUGACACUUAAUGACUGCUGUGUGCUUUAGUUGCUUCUUCUAUAGUUAGUUUGUUGGGGUUGGGGAUUUUAAAUUAUACGAUUGUAUACAAUUUUGAAUUGUUUGCUGUUUUUCCUGGAGCGUAUCCAGUGACAUGUGACUGUUGGGAUGACGCCUUUCAAACGACUUCCACAUACAUAGUUAAAAAGUUCAAUCCAAGGCAGCAGCUUCACAUCUGGCACACGGCUGCAGCAUCGAAGGUGUCGCAUGUCACUGAAUAUGCUCCGAUUUUGUAUUAAAAACAAUCUUUGGUGAGAUCAGGCAGGUGAACUGCUCUGUACACAGUCUCCUUUUUGUCAUUUCAAUAAAAUCUGAUAAAUGGAUCUGUACAAAUGUAGAUUGGUUGUCUGUGGAAAAUGCCCCAGGUUUCAUAAUAAAGCCAAUAUUCUGUACAAGUA